AUGUCCAAAUCUCAAAGCAGCAUGCUUGUGAAAAACCUCAACGCACUGGUGGUUACACACAGCAUUCUCGUCGAGGACGUGGACAUGGACGUGGGCGCGGAAGUUACGGUAAUCAUCAAACCACUUCCAAUCCACCCUAUCCAAGUUAUCAAAAUCAAGGAACUCAGAAUCAAGGAUAUCGCUACCCUCCAAGAUCUCAAGGCAACUAUCAAGGACAAUCUUCUGGAGCCAGUUCUCAAACCCAAGGACGCUUUGGGCAACAAAACCAUCAAGCCAAUCGACCUCCAAACAACUGACCUCCAGGGGAUUUUCAAAACCGAAACCCUCAAAACCAUCAUUAUGCUGAAUCGCAUUACAAUCAAGACGGAAGUCAAGCCAAAGGCUCAGUUCCUGCUGGAACGUAUUACAACAAUCAGGAAGGGGAAUGCUUCAUUCCGGUUGGAACUGGCCCCAAAGUGGGCCAAGGCGGAAUGCCUUCUGCUGAAGUUCAGUGUGAUCAACAUUUUGUACAAGGCCAAUUCGUACAACCUUGUGAACAACAAGAAAUGUAUCCUCCUCCUGAAGACUCGUAUCCUCCAGAUGACUUGUAUCCUCCAAUGGAAGAUCAAGGCUAUUAUCCAUACAAUGAUGCCUCUGAACAUUACCAUUACUACAAUGAAGCUCAUUGACCUUCACUCCAAAACAAUACUCGUUCACAGUCUAACCAUAGAAAAAAUUAUUUCAGAAACAAAACAACAUGCGUUCCGGCAGAACCAACCAGUCUGCCUCGCGUAG